GAAAGGCAUCUGCUUAGCCUUAAUAUAUUAUUUCUUAAACCUUUUGACAGUAAUUACAUUGCUGUUAACAUAUCUUCACAAAUCAAAUUAGAGCCCAUAAAUAAAAAAGUUAUUUGCUGUUGCUAGUGUGAGAUUGCAUGGCUGCAAACUGGCUAAAUUUACUCACUUGCUGGUGCUUGUGUGGUUUAAGGCGAUAUUUCUGCUCUUCCUCUGAAACAGGAGCAAACACACACUGCAAGACCUGACCAGAUCCUCUCAUGCACAUGCACUCCGCUAUAGACAUGAUUUACCCUCUGAUUCUCUCUGGGAUUUUACUUCACAUCUCAGAUGAAGCUGUAAUUAAUGCACUGAAUAUCGGAGUGAAAUCUGGAUCACCUGGAAUUAUUCCCUGUCUAUAUGAUAAAAAGCAUAAAGAAAACCGUAAAUACUGGUGUAAGGGGACACAUUGGAUCUCUUGCAGUAUAUUGACAUAUGCAAAUGAUAAAGGAAAAUACAGUCUCACUGAUUAUCCAGCCCAGAGUAUUUUUACAGUGCAGUGGGAGAAUCUGCAGAACUCAGACUCUGGAUAUUACUGGUGUGCUUUUGAGAUCAGUGGCGCCCCAGAUGACGGUUAUUAUUUGUAUCUGACGGUACAAUCAGCUCCUGAUGUGUCUGUGGUGAGCAGCAGUGUAUCUGGACAUGAAGGUGGUGAUAUCAGUGUUCAGUGUUUCUACAGUUCUGGAUAUAAGAAUAAACUCAAACAGUGGUGCAGAUAUAAAGAUAAGAGCUGUUACACAGUGGGGAGGACUGUCACAUCCCAGAUCUCAUCAGUGCAGAUCAGUGAUGAUGGGAGAAGAUCCUUCACUGUGCGGAUGACUGGACUGAGACUGACUGAUUCUGGCUGGUACUACUGCUCUGUAGGAGAUCUGCAGGUUCCUGUUCAACUCACGGUCACUGAACCCAAAAGAGCAUUUACAACUAUUCCAGCAACUGCACCAUCUGACUCUGAGGCAGACAUAGCUAUGAUUACUGAUUCAAAACCUGAGACAGACAGAGCUGAAACCCAUCGAUCUCUAACAGCAGCCUCAGAGACUGUUAACACUGAAGUACACAGCAGCACGGAUGAGCAAAACAAGUCUGAUGUGAUUCUGGUCACGUGUUUGAUUUCGAUGUUUAUGCUGUUACUGAUUGUUACUCUUGUUGCCUUAGUAACAUGGGGGAUGAGAAAGAAGCCGGAGAGGGCUCAUAUUAGAGAGGGACAAUUUAACAGCACCAGAAAUACAUCUUCUGCCUCAGUGGAUGAUAAUUCAGUGAUUUACAGUUCUGUGAUUACCUUUCGUAAAGCACCUUCAUCAUCAGAGAAUUCAGAAGGUGAAGUGAUCUACAGCUCUGUGAAAUAAACUCCCCAGGCUGUGAGCUCUGAAUGAAGUUAUGAGAAAGUGAAAGUAAAUAAUUGUAAAUUAAUAAAAUUAAUUAAUUAAUUUCCAUUUAGACAGUGUGAAGGUUCAGUCCUAAACGUAUGCAGCUAAAACACGUGAGUCAUAUGCUGGUUGGCAAUACUGUGAAUGCAAAAUGAAUUAUUCAAGGCUUAUUGUACACAGUUUUGAAGUAAAUUUUUGAAGUAGAUAUGCAUAUUAAAGGUAUAUUCCAGAAUGAAUUGAUGACCAAAUCAACACUUUAGAAAGAGUUGAAAUAUUCUGUAACGUUUAUUCUCAUGCUUUUUUUUUUUAAGUCCACAUUAGGCCUACAUCAUUUUUAGGGUUAUAUAGUUAAUGCAGUUUUGUUAGUUGCAAUGAAAUUGUUUUUUAAAAUAAGUUUAUUUUUUAAUAUUAAAUUUAAUUUGACUUUUAUUCAUUUCAAUUGCACAUUUAAAAAAAAUGUCUGCAUGAAAUAGUUUGUAGAUACUUUUCACACUUUGCUUAUUUUUUUAUCCAUCUGUUGUGUAUGUGUUGCGCCAUCUGCUGGAUAAUUUUACCUCUACAUAAACACGAGCGAUAUCAUUUUAAUGCAUUUCUUCGUCUGUUCAAUAAAUCCAUAUCAGCAUUUAUUAAAACACACAGUUUAUGCAGAUUUUGUGUCGUCCAAGAAUCAUCUCACAUGUGUGAUAUUGUCAUUGUCAGUAUUUAAUAUCUCAGUGAGUUUUUCGCACAUUUUCUACCAUUUUAGCUAGUUCUGAAAUGGAUUUGUCACACCUGAACAUCCUGAACUUUCACUUACACUUUUGCACAAUAAUUCCUUUCAUUAUUUGUCAUAGUAACCAGUGCUGGUUGUCUGUAAUGUCCUAUAUUUGUGUGCAGGUUAAAUCGAUUAAAUACUCUAAUCAAUUCAUUUAUGA